AUGGACAGGCCGCUGCCCUCAUGUCCAAGGAGCACCCCGACAACAAACUAUGAUGACUGGUACAGUUUGCUUGGCCAGCGCAACUUUGACGUAUGCCCCAGUUGUUACGAGGGAGUCUUUGCUGACACACCUUUCGCUGUGGAUUUCGCGCAGACACGGCGGGGUGAACGACCCACCGAACGCUUCUGCGAUUUCAGCAGUUCAUGGACACGUCUCGCCUGGCUUCUGACGAUUGAGCAACGCCGCUCUUCUCUCGAGCUGUUGCAUGCCCUAGCUGAUAUCGCGGGCGUCGAGAGGCCUUGCCCUGACGAUGUAGAACUACGCAGCGACCGGUUCGCUUGGUAUGGCAUACCCGACCAAAGGGACGGCGUGCACGUGGCCAAUUUCACCAUUUGCUCUGCUGAUAAGAGGAUGAUUGAGGCUUUAUUGCCUACGAUGCGUGGCUACUUUACAAGGCUUCCGAGCUCCUAUACAUCCAGUACAGCUCCGAAGUACAUGUGCAACCUCCGUACGAGCUCCCGUCGGUUUCCAAAGUACCUUGACCUUCUCGUUGAACUCGACAGGGAGGCUCAGGAUCUCGGUCAAAGACCCAACAUCAGUCGCUUCAUUCAGCUAGCUCGUGAAAAUGCCUUCAAGGAUGAGUGCGCCAAGGACAAGGCCUUUUUCCGCAAGCCGUGGAUCUUCAUCCCUUCACUUCCGGAGUUCACUGUCUGCGAAGAAUGCUAUGAUGAACUAAUCUGGCCAGCCUGCCAGUCCAAGAUCACCGCCACAACAAUACCACGUCUCUUCAAUAAGACAAUGCAACUUGUUCCGAACGAGGAUCCGGAGGCCGGCUCUAGCUGUUGUCUCUACAGUUCUCGUAUGAGAAGGGUCUUUGACAUCAGCGUCAAGGAGGCGGACUUUGCUUAUCUGAAGCGGAAAGCACUGGAGAGGAAGAAGGCCGAAGUCAAGUUGGCGAGGGAGAGGAAGGGUCUUAUGAAUUGGAUGCUCAGCCUAGACAGAGGGAGCAGUCAGUGGGAGCGUGCGAAGAGCGAGAUCAAAGCGUUGGAUCGGGAGUGGGCUACUUGGGAGUGA